AUGUCGUCCACUUUGAGCGAUGUCCCUGAGCUGACAGCCAUUGAGCGUGUUGGGCCAAGAGGCUAUCUUCGCUAUGUUUUCCCAAUGCGGUUAUCAGAUAAUACCUCUCCUGACAGGGCCAUGGAGGUUCUUAAAGGGGGGUAUAAAUCUGCUUGCCACAGAAUUGGCUCUAUGGCUUCAGAGGCAGUACCCGAUCUCGAAGAAAAGCAGGCGAAUGUACUGAAGCUGCAGAAAUUGCCCGAGGAUUUAAUCGGGCACAUGACUUUCAAAGACUUACGAGACUCGGAGAAGUAUGAAUGGACUUACGAAGACCUCAAAAAGAAGCACUUCCCCAUCUCAGCAUUCGAUGCCGACCUCCUUAUGCCCGGCCCUCUAUGGCCUCAACCAGGGAAACCUGUGCACAUUUCUCUAGCACAAGCCAACUUCAUCCGUGGCGGCGUGAUAAUCGGAUGGUGUGUUUUUCACAUGGUUGGCGAUGCAACUACCUAUCUCACUUGGACCAAGAUCUGGGCAGAAGAGUGUCGCCGCAUCCAGGGACUUGAGAUUUCAAGUCCAGUUGUUAUUGAUGAGGCCAUGCUUGCCGACAGGUCGCUUGUCACUAGACCUUCUGGCCGCAACAAAGGACGUCCCGAGGAUCACCCGGAGUAUACUAUUCUACCGUUUACGCCAACGGGUGCAUCUCCCGCUAUGCUGAGCACGACAUUCCGAGGGCAGGUGUUUUAUUUUUCUCCAUCGGCGCUUGCGUUUCUCAAAGCUGAAGCAUCGCCUGAUCGUCUGACUAGGCCAACAGACCAGCGAUGGAUCUCGACCAACGAUGCCUUUUCAGCUCUCAUGUGGCGUACUGCAGUGGCCGUUCAAGCACCUAUCGAGAGCCUAGAAGAUGGCGAGAAUCCACACUCUGUGUUCAACAUUGCCGUGGAUGGUCGAAAACGUACCGACCCUCCAGUCCACCCCCAGACUCUAGGCUGCUUUCUUCAGUACAUUUCUGUCUCAGCGCCGAUUCGAGAAAUCUUGACGACUUUGAGCCUGGCAGACCUGGCGGUACUUAUACGCAAGGAGGUGAAUCUGCGCCUAAACGAUCAAUUCACCGAUGAUGUUGUGACACUUAUCGAUCAGUUGGAAGAUGUGACGAGGCUAGUUCCAACGGCCUUCUUGGACGUGCUGGGAAAAUCAUCUGUACAGACAUCAUGGGCUGAGUUUGACCUUGCAACUGUGGAAUGGGGGCCAGUAUUGGGAGAUAGGAUUGAGGCGAUUCGGUGUCCUAAUACGGGGAUUUUGCCUGGCUGCCACGUUGUUCUGCCGACUUUGUCAGAUGGCGGUAUUGAGGUAGUAUUUGGCACCGAGGGAGGUCUGUUGGAAAAGGUCGUUGAUGAUCCACUAUGGAUGAGGUUUGCUGUACCAAGAUAG